AUGGCUGCCACGGACGAUGGUUUGAAGAAGCUCGAGUACCUUUCCUUGGUUUCCAAGACGGUGGAUGAGUUCGACACCAAAUUAAAGAAAAAGGGUGCCGAGAUGCCCGAUUACUUUGUCCGUACACUCCUCACUAUCAUGCAAGCUAUUCUUCCACCGAAGCCAAAGCCUGAGAAGGACUCGAAGAAAGAGAGCGCUUCUGAUGGUAGGAAGACCAAGUUUAAGGCUUUGGCCGUCGCCAAUAAUAAAGAUAGAGUCAAGGACAUCGAGAAGGAAAUUGAGAUGGAGACCGAGGAAAAGGAAGGAGAUAGAGAUAGAGAUCGAGAUAGACACGGAGGAGGUGGAGAUAGAGACGGGAGGGAAAGGCGAAGGGAAAGGUAUGAUAGAGAUGAGAGGCAUAGAGAUACACAUUAUAAUGUUGAUGGUGACGACAGGGGAAGGCGUACAGAUCGAUACAAUAAGCAUAAGAGAGAUGGGUAUGAAGACAAUGGAGAUGUUAAGGAAGAUGGUUAUGAUAGGAGAGGUAAUAGGGAUCGGCAGAAUGGCCAGAACCAUUCAGAUGAGCCCGAAUUGUAUCAGGUUUAUAAGGGCAGGGUUUCGAGAGUGAUGGACACCGGUUGCUUUGUUCAGUUGAAUGAUUUAAGAGGGAAGGAGGGUCUGGUUCACGUUUCACAAAUGGCAACUCGGCGAAUUAGCAAUGCUAAGGAUGUGGUGAAGAGGGAUCAGGAAGUUUAUGUGAAGGUGAUUUCAAUUUCAGGUCAGAAGUUGAGCCUUUCAAUGAGGGACGUUGAUCAACAUACAGGGAAAGAUUUGCUCCCCUUGAAGAAGAGCUCAGAGGAUGAUGCUCUUAGGACGAACCAAAGGAUGGACCUGUGA